AUGGCGUGGCUCCAAGUCCGACCUUACGUGGCUCCCAGGGCGGCUUGCGUCACAGCAGUGGUGCUGGCUCUCCAGGCGAUGCUUGCCUGUGGCUUUGGCCCCUCCACCUGGAUGGUUCCGAGGAAAUGUGACACGGAGUCUCUGCGUCGUGGUGGGAGCUGGCCGGAGUGGGGAUCUCGUGAGCUGGCCCAGCAAGGUCGCCCUUCCGCAGAUCAUAUUGCGAAUGUCGCUGGCAAGCGAAAGCGGCGGGUUCGGAUGAUGUCGGCCGUCGAAGCUGGCGCCGCGGGCAUGAACAACGACGCGGGGAUGCUGGGCGGGGGACGAGCAGCGGCGAGUGGCUCGGGGAGCAAGAAGAAGGAUCCAGGUGCGGGGGCAAUGGACCCCGUGGUCACUGAGGCGGACGAAGUCGACUACUACGCGGCGCUUGGUCUCAAGGUCGGCGCCACUCCCACGGAGAUCAAGAACGCUUACCGGAAGAUUGCAAUGCGAGUCCACCCGGACACAAAGGACGGGAUCAACAACAGAGAUAUCUUCGAGUCCACCACGGCAGCUUACGAGGUCUUGUCCGACCCGGGGAAGAAGUCCACCUACGAUCAGGGGUUGGCGAUGAGGAGCUUCGUGGACAAGGUCAAGGCCGGUAAGUGGGGGAACGUGAUGUCGGCGGUGGCGAGCCUCGGGGCUGCUGCGACAUCCGUUGGGGUUUCCGCCGGGGUGGCGGCGGCGGAACCUUUGGCGAAAGACCUGGCCCGCGGUUUGGAGGAGCUGACCGGUUCCGUGGAGGUGGACCCGAUUACGCGGAAGCAGCAGGUGGCGAACAGGGCGAAGCUCGAGGCAGAGCGGAAGAGAGGCGCGUUCGAGCGAAGGGCGGAAGAGUUUUCCACGGAGGCGUCCAAGCUGGAGGAGACCAUGAAGACCCAGCUGGAGGAGCAGAAGGAGUGGAACAAGGCGUUAGUCGAGAGAAGGAUUGAGGUAGCCUCGGCGAGAAAGUCUCUGGAGAGCACCGAGUCAAUCACGAAGGAGGCCGCGGAGGUGGCGAGCGACCGCAAGGCUAGCGAACUCGCUGCGGCGGAGAAGGCACGGCGGUCUAGGGCCGCGCGGGAGGAGUUCUUGCAAGCGUCCGCUAACUCGGAAAAGAAAGUAUCCACCGCAGAGGCCACGGUGACCGCGGCAGAGAGGCGACUGUGGGAGGCGCUCAAGACGUUGGACACUGCGCGGCAUAUGUUGGCACUGACGUACGAGGAGGCGACCGCCUUGGAAGGGACGCGAGAUCAGGUGAUGGCCGACACAGCAUCGGCAGAAGGAGUCUUUGAGGAGGCGAAGGAGGCCACCCUAGAGAGCAAGGCGGCCUUGUCGCAGCAGCGGACGGACCUCGCGGCGCUCCAGAGGGAGUUCCGGGAGAGCAGCAGGCGGGAGGAGCAAGCCAUGGCCAAGAUCAAGGAGCUCGGCGAUGCGGCGGAGUCCAUCGGCGCCCGCGCCCUCCGCAACCGGAAGUCCGCCGAGGAGAGCAAGGUGGCCGCUCGGCGCGAGGCCGGGGCGAUUGACGCCGCCGCCCGGCAGGAGUCUCGCCUCGCCGCGGAAGCCGUUGCCGCGAAGGCGAAGCUUGAGGCCGCCGCCGCCGCAGCUCAGGAGGAGAAGGCUAAGCGCGACCGGGCGGAGGCGGCGAGGGCGGCGGCGGAAGCCGUGGAGCGGGCGCGGCUGGCGGAGCAGGCGGCGGGGGCGGCGGCGGAGGCGGCCAUCAAGGCGGCGACGGCGGCGAGACAGGCGACCUUGGAGGCGGUGGCGGCGGCGGAGAAGGGUGAGAAUCCGGAGACGAUCGGCGAGAUGGCACCUGAACACAGGGCCUUUGAAUCCAUAUCCUCUUCGACGGUGGAUGCGGCAGGGGGCGGGGAGCACGCUCCGGAGGAUCCUGCGGCAGGAGAGCCCGGGGUGGAAACCUUGGCGUCGUCGGGGACAGCGGUGGUGCCUGAUCCGCGGUGACGCCGGAGUCCAUGGAGGCGACUG